CGGCGAAGCGAUAUUUGUGUCAUGCUUCGGUCGCUUCGUCGCGGUCUCCACAGCGGGUCCACGGGUGUCGCGUUUGCGUCCCAUGGAGGGCGUAAUGAGUUCCUGUUUAGACGUGAAUGGUCUUCCAACCGACGAAAAUCUCUUUCCAAAUUUACUAACAUCGCAAUAAAGCGAGACCAGGGACACCGGAUCUGGCCCGCGUUUGUUUCAAGAUUUUUUUUAAAAGACAGUCGAGGCGCUCUACCUUUUAGACCUGCACGAUGAGCAACACGACCAUACAGGACCUUGUCGCGACACAACCCAUGGGCCUUAUGGAUUUCUGCUCCAUGCCCGUUCAAUAUGAAUGCAUCGUCGCCCCCAUGCCCUACGGUGGCCCCAUGCCGCCCCACAUGAUGCCCCAACCACCUUCGAUGCACCCUUCAAGAGGGGGCAAGAUGCGUCCGCAGUGCUACAUAUGCGGCAAGAAGUUCGACCACCCGUUACAACUCCAUACCCACAUGCAAAUUCACGUCCCGUCCUUUCCACCCGACCCGGAUCCCAUGACCGAGGACAAGAUGGCCGCCCUGUCGCUAACGGUUCCGACGGCGAUGAUGCCCCCCAUGGGACCGCCCCCCGCUAUGUCUACCAGGAGAUCGUCUGCCAUGGGAUCGAGACAUCACCCUUCGUCUCAGCCGCCGAGCGGUUCCUCUGUCACCGGCCUUCAUUCCUGCUACGUUUGUAGGAAAAAGUUCAAGCAGUUGGGACACCUGAACAACCAUGUCAGACUGCACACGGGUGAGAAACCCUACGAGUGCCAGGUUUGCCAGAAAAAGUUCACUCAAAGCGGCCACCUGCUAAGCCACACAAGGAUGCACACAAACCACCGUCCCUACCAGUGCAAGUACUGCAAGAAGACCUUCACGCAAAGUGGACACCUCAACAACCACGAGCGCCUGCAUUCUGGAGAAAGACCAUACGAGUGCCGAGUUUGCCACAAGAGAUUCACACAGAGUGGCCAUCUCAGCAACCAUAUGAGGCUGCACUCCGGGGAAAGGCCCUUCGAAUGCCAGAUCUGCACAAAGACCUUCACGCAGAGCGGUCACCUGAACAACCACAUGAGACUGCACACGGGGGGGCGCCCUCACUCGUGUCCCGUGUGUCACAAACGUUUCACCCAGACUGGCCAUUUGAGUAACCACAUGCGCAUGCACACGGGGGAAAGACCGUACGACUGCCUCAUAUGCGAGAAGACCUUCUCGCAGAGCGGCCAUCUUGCCAACCACGUUCGAUGUCACCAGGGAGGUCCUGCACCAGGGAAGUCUAUGAAGUCUCCAGUGCAGGGACCCCCUCUACCGGCACCUUCUCGUCCGCACAUUGUGAAGCUGACAGCGGCACCGAAACAGAGUGAACCCGGCAGCACUGAUGCUGGAGACGAACAGGGUUGUGAGACUAACGAAGAAGGGAACCGAGAUGGGUAUGAAGACCGAAAGAGCUGGGAGCUUCAUAAAGAAGCAACAGCGGAAGGUCAAGAGCUGACCGAAGAAACUUCAGCCAUGGUAUCUCAUGAACACCACGCGGAGCCUGAGCAGGGCGGUCAAGAGUUUCUCCAAGUACCACAGCAUCCGUUUCAGCAGGACAUGCAGCAGCUAUCUCACCACGUCAUUCCUUACGAAGCUCAACACCCCAGUUUGCAAGAUCAGGACCAGAGCUCUAUUCAGCACGAAAUCCAAAGACUCGUUCAGCAUGGAUUUCAGCACGAACCGCACCACGCUAUUCAACACGAGUUUCAGCACGACUCUCUGCACGGCAUUCAGCACGGCGUUCAACAUGUCGUUUGCCACGAGGUUCAGCACGUGGUCCGCCAUGAAAUUCAGCACGUCGUUCAGCACGAGAUACAACACGUUGUGCAGCACGAAGUUCAGCACGGCGUUCAGUACGCCAUCCAGCAUGACCUCCAACACGAACCCCAGUACGGAAUUCAGCAUGGCGGCAUUCAGGGGAUCCAACACGACGCAAAGUCUGGUAUUCAGUACGAGUUUCAGCACGGACUUCACCACGAAAUGCAGCGUGAAGUUGUUCAUCAUGAAUAUCAGCGCGAACUACAACACGGGUAUCAGCAUGGAAUGCAGCAGAUCAUUCAGCACGAACCAACGCAUUUGAUCCAACAAGAAGUUCAGUACGGAAUCCAGCAUGAAGUAAAGUACGACGUUCAGGCCACGUAACCUUUGUGCUGGUGUCCCCGGACGUGCUUCCAUAUGACAUGCAGUUGGACGAACUGUUUCCCUUUCGUUUUUUUCCCCCUCUCUGUUUACUUCUCCUGUGUGCUUCGUACAGCAGACGGAUGGAACACAUGGAUUCAAAGGAAUGGGUUGGCGAAUAAAGUUUCUUGAGAGAUCGG